AUGUCGAAGCGAGAAGAAAUGCUUGGCAACUUCAAACUUUCAACUCGCGGUUCCAUCAGACGUGCGCCAAACAUCGUGACAUGGGUCACAACGAUCAGUAAUCUCAUGGGCCACAUUCCGAAUUUGGACGUCAGCCAAUUGAAUCAUCAGUCAGACCUAGCAUAUGACACAAAAACUCAUUGCCUUCGACCGUUCAUACCUCACCCCUGGCCUCCUGCCCCAAGCCAAACUCAGGUGAAUGACAACAACAAGAGGAACUCCAAGUCCGGGCAGCUCCUGGGGCAGAAGGCGCAGGCUGUCCGCAACAUCAUGGAGCACUAUGACAAAACGUCACGCGAUCUGCUGAUUGCCUACACCAUCGAAAUUGGACAUGAAAAUACUCCUUGGACUGAUGACAACCUGAGCAGCAAGAAGUGCUUGCCCGGAUAUCAGUUCAAGAGCAACUCUGGUCCUGUUUGGCAAGCUCGGGGCAAGGUCACCAAGGUGCAACACCAGAUCAAUUGCCACCGGAAAAUCACGCCAACUAUGCGGCGAAAGGUCGACAAAACGCAGAUGGAGGCAACGGCUGAAGAAGCGGCCUUCGUGAUAUCGGUCAGGGACGAAGUCCUCCAGUUGAUGCCUGUCAGCACUGACUUGCUGAAUGAGAAGUGGGUCGACUUGUACGGUUCAGGAGAUCCCACUGUGGUUCUAGAAGUGCAGAGCGCCGUCAUGAACCGUGACUGUACGAAUGUGAGGGACAUCCCUUCCAUUGCAGGAGUCAUGAACAUCCAUUCUGACCAGGCACCGCUUCCCUCUGUGGCUGUUCAUGAGAUGAGCAAGUUGGAGGAGGAGACCUUCUCACUACGCAUGAAACAAUUAGAAUAUGACUUGCAGGCCAUCCGGGUUGCGAAGGCAAAGAAGAGCUCCUAUGAACUCCAGGUGCGUCACACCAAAAUGCAGUACCGUAUCAAGGUGUAUGAGGAGUCUCAGAAAGCGGCAAAGAUCUUUCUGAAUGACACAUCCAAAAUCAUCACCUACAAUGGCUCUGAUGACCUCGUUCGGACCCUCCAGUCCUUCAUCGUGGAGAAAACACACCGGUCGAAGCUAGAUGAGAGUGGGAACGCAUGCUUGAUCUUUCUGAACUGGAGCGCUCCAAGCACAUUGAAGAACAACGCACGGGCAUCGCAAGCUGCCGCAGCUGCCUUCCUGCUUGGCCAAUCAGCUCGAAAUGUUGGGCUGCUGCUCCAGCCAGAAUUCACCUACAAGAAGGGUGAGCUUUGGAUGCUUGAGAACUCCACCAUGAAGCAGCUAGCCCAAAAUGGAAUCACCCUUGACAAGAGCUUCACAUUGCAGUUCAAGGAGAAGGUGGAUCAACGUGACCACGUGCGCCCGCUGAACUACCGUGGCCGCUUCCUCGAGGGUGUCAGUGCCAAGUCUCAAACAAAGGAGUUCUUGUGGCGAAGCUCGGCGUUGUGGCGAGAUGGGAGGACAGCGAUGGCUACCCAACUGCACACCAAGGAUAUGAUCACUGUCGAAUCUCCCCUAGAGGACCAGUCUCAACAGGUAGCUGUGACUGUGCCAGACGGUGAAGAAUACCUAUUCCACGGUGCAAGGAAAGUGGAACAGAUUGGCCGCGAUGGAGCGGAAAAGAUCUUGGGUGGAAUGCUGGAAGGUCUCUCUUUGACUGGGAGAUCGGGUGUCUUCAUCGUGGACUUGAACAUGGGCACUGGGUCUAUGUUUGAUGCCUUUGCCAACCUCAAGCAGACUUUCAACUUCCCAUGCUUCUAUGUUGGGUGCACCGAUGACUGUACCACCUCGGAAUGGUUUGGUCUGCAAAAGACGGCCGCCCGCCUUCAGCUUGAUCAAUGCUCUUUUCUGGUCGGCCAAACCUAG